AUGUCGCUCUGCAAUCUUUGCCAGUCGUUCGACAUCCUCGACUUCCCAAACUUGUCGCCAAAUUACACUGUCUACCCUGUAACCUCCAAAACAUAUCCUUCCCUGGUCUCCAACAUUCACAAGCUUCGUAUAGGCGGAUGGAAGAAGGACAGAGAAGAUCCGAAACAUGACUCUGAACCUCUGGGGCUGCCUUACCAUCAGUCCCUCGAGGCACUAGAAGCCGCUUGCGCGGACAACUGCGCAAUCUGCACAGUCGUACAACGCGAUGUCGCGCAGUUCAAAACUGAGUUUUUUGAAGCGAAGAACGAUACUAGUGCUUAUAGGGAGAGGAGCGGAGGACCAGAUUGGAGGAUGUUCGGCGUGAGGGGUGUGGGUGAGACUGGAGGCUUCAUGAUAGUGUCGGCUGAUACCAAAGCACCGUUCGAGAUCUGGGUUGUUGCUGCCGUCGGGUUUUGUGUUGAUUAUAAGGACCCGCUCACCAGCAUCAUCAGGGGACGAAAGAUUCUCCCCAACUCUCAGCACACGCUUCAGCAUGCUCUGAGUUGGGUGCGCGAUUGCGAUAAACAGCGGACGGAUAGCCGCUGUCAUGUUGAUGCCGCACCCCUUCCAGCUCGCGUACUAGAUAUAAGAAGCUCGGCAUCCCACAAGGUAUCCUUGCAUGAGCCCGCGGAGGGAGAGCUAGGACGUUAUGCAGCACUGAGCUACGUCUGGGGCGAAUCAAGCCCGUUCACAACUACGAAAGCAAACAUCGAAGCAAACAAGGAGGGCAUCGAUAUCGACAGGCUACCUGAGACGUUCCAGGAUGCCAUAUUUGUGGCACGAGAAAUGGGAAUCGGAUACUUAUGGGUUGACUCACUCUGUAUCUGCCAAGACGACUCUUCAGACUGGUCCCGCGAGACCUCCCGGAUGUCUUCGGUCUACUCCAACGCCUAUAUAAUGCUCUCAGCAACAGGUUCCGCUUCGUCGAACGCCGGUCUAUCAAUCUUUUCUCCCACCCGCCCAGCACCAACUUACUCAUCCUUUCCCUAUACUUCCACAGAGGGCACUAAAGGAACUCUGCUCGUAUUUCCCUAUUCUAAGGAGGUCACUAGAUUCCCUGCCUGGUCAGGUCCUUACGAACUACUCAAGAACGAGCCAUUGACCCAACGAGGUUGGGCACUCCAGGAACGCUGGCUCGCACCCCGCAUUCUGCACUUUGGAAGCAAGGAGAUGUUCUUCGAAUGUUACUGUGGGUUCAAGGGUGAAAACGGUUUCUUGAUGGAGGGCAGGAAGGAUACGCUCUUCCCAACCACUUCUCCCGGCUCUUCUCCAGCAAUCCCGAACGAUACCAGCUCCGACGAGAUCGAUUUCACAGAACCAGAGCCCAUGGAACGUCAAUGGAACUCCGUAUUAUCUAACUACAACAAACGCCAACUAACAAAUGCCUCGGACAAGCUCCCUGCCCUCUCUGGUCUCGCUCGCACCUACCAAGACAUCACGGGCGACACAUAUCUCGCCGGUCACUGGCGUUCCACACUCCUCCAAUCACUCAUAUGGCAGGCGACCGGUUAUCCUACCGUCCCAGACACGUACCGCGCCCCAUCUUGGUCGUGGGCCGCCAUCGAUGGUUCUUUCGGCAUGUUUAGUCCUGGUAUGGGAUUCGACAAGGGGGAUUGGGUCAGUCUUGCCACAAUACAUGAUGCUUGGACCAACUUGAAGAACGAAGAGAACCCUUUCGGCGAGGUCACGGACGGGCAGUUGGAUAUUAGCGCUCCACUGGAACGACUUUUCCCCUUUGCUAGCAAAGAUGAAGAGGGAGUGGAAUGGCCUAAAAACUAUAAAGUAGCCAAGGGCAAUAUAGCUAAAACAGUUGAGCAAAAUCGCACAACAAACCACAAUUGUCGAAACCACCGCGCAAUGGAUAUCGAUAGAGAAACUACGGCUUCUUCUGACAGCGGUGACUCAGGGUCAUCGGAGGAUCAGCACCCACCGUCCACAGCCUCAAGGCUCACAUUCUACGACGCCUUCACCUUGCUUGUGAGCCUUCAGGUUGGAUCUGGCGUGUUCUCCUCUCCAUCACAGGUCAACAAUCACUCUCCUUCGCCGGGCGCAUCGCUUAUCAUCUGGGCGAUAUGCGGCGCAGUUGCGUGGGCUGGAGCAGCGUCCUUUGCUGAAUUAGGUGCGGCCAUGCCUGUGAAUGGCGGCCUACAGGAGUACCUCCACGAGAUUUACGGCUCUUACAUGGCAUUUCUUGCAUCUUGGAUAUGGAUCUUUGCCACCAAGCCGUCUUCCAUGGCCAUCUUGAGCAUCAUAUGCGCGAAGUACUGGACCGAGGUUUUUCUGCCAGCCAACGACGAAGAGCUAUUUUGGCUAAACAAAAUCAUUGCCAUAUCGGCUCUGGCAGUCAUGAUAUUCUUCAAUUCAAUCAGUACCCGAGCAACCUCUCGUCUUGCGAACGUCUUCCUCAUCAUCAAGUUGCUCACAGUGGCCUUGCUAUUGGUGUGCUGUCUUGUGUUCAUCGUGUUUGGGUUUCACGCAGGGACAAAUACGCCCAACCGCGACUGGAUCACGAAGAAUUGGUUUCAAUAUCGCAAUGAAGGAGAGGACUUUUCGCUCAUCGACUGGAAUAAUGCUUCUCAAUGGAGCAAGAUUGGUGAAAUCACAAUGGCGAUCUACGCCGGACUCUGGGCAUAUUCCGGAUGGGACAAUGCAAACAUGGUAGCGGGUGAGAUGCAAGAUGCAGCCAAGGAAUUACCUGCCGCGAUCCACACAGCGGUCCCAGCUGUCAUAGUAUGCUUCCUUUGCGCCAACUUGUCCUACUACAUCCUAAUACCAUGGAACGUGGUUGGAGCCAGCGACACAGUUGCGGAGACUGCCGGCCAAAAUGUUUUGGGCAGGUCCGGUGCCGUAAUUUUUGCUUUGCUCGUCUCCGUUGCUUGCCUAGGGUCAAUCAACAUCAACGUGUUUACAGGUGCGAGACUCACAAUCAGUGCAGUGAAUAAGGGUUAUCUUCCGAAAUUACUUGCAGAACAUGGCCACAGCCAGAAUGGGCAACCUCAAGAUCGUCAGCUACAAGAAGCUCCUCGAGAUUAUAGCCUGUCUUCAAAGCUACUGAGUCUUUUCGGAGAGGGUCCUUUCUGGCAAACUCCAAUCAAAGCUAUGCUUUUCAAUGGUUGCCUCACAAUAGUAUACAUACUAGUUGGUACCUUCAGCGCCCUUGUCACAUUCAUAGGUAUAGCGGAGUACGUCUUCUUCUUCUUCGCUGUUUUGGGCCUUCUUCAUAUGCGUGUGAAGCAACCUCAUCUCCAUCGACCUUACAAAGCCUUCAUCGGCAUCCCACUAUCAUUUACACUCAUCAGCCUUGUUCUGGUAGUUCGAGGAAUACUCGCUGCUCCCGCACAAGGAAUAGCAAUCGCAUUGUUGCUAUUGUCAGGGACUAUCUGGCACUUCAGAGAAUCAGACACCUUCGACAUCUUGAGGAGAAGAGUACGAUAUCAACCCAUUCCGGCAUGA